GAACUUUCGGGACUUUGAUUAGUUUGCGAAUAAUAAUUGUCUUACAACGCUUAUUUACCGGUCGUGAUAAUUAAUUUGUUGAUCGUACACGAAGAUGUCCGGUCGAAAGUGUAACAACUGCGGGAGUGCCGAUAUCGAAGUGGAUAAUGCGCGCGGUGAUGCGGUGUGUACCAACUGCGGAUCGGUGUUGGAGGAUAACAUAAUCGUUUCGGAAGUUCAAUUCGAAGAAAAUGCACACGGUGCAUCAAGUGCGGUGGGCCAGUUUGUGGCUUCCGAUUCGAAAGGUGGUGCGACGGCCUACGGGAAGUUCCAUGUCGGCACUGGAACAGAAUCGCGCGAAGUUACACUUCGUAAGGCCCGGCAAGGUAUUACGCAUUUGUGUCAUCAGUUGCAUUUGAAUAAUCACUGCAUCGAGACGGCCUGUAAUUUCUUCAAGAUGGCCUUGAUCAGACAUCUAACCCGAGGCAGACGAAAUACCCACAUCUAUGCGGCAUGCGUGUACAUUACCUGUCGAACUGAGGGAACAUCUCAUCUUUUGAUUGACAUUAGCGAUGUGCUGCAAAUCUGUUGUUACGAGCUGGGACGCACAUAUCUUAAGCUUUCUCAAGCUCUUUGCAUCAACAUCCCGUCUAUUGACCCUUGCAUCUACAUCAUGCGCUAUGCCAACAAGCUCGAAUUUGAGGAAAAAACUCAUGAAGUAUCGAUGACGGCACAGCGUCUGGUUCAACGAAUGAAGAAAGAUUCGAUCCAUUCCGGUCGCCGUCCCUCGGGACUCUGCGGUGCCGCUUUGCUGCUAGCUGCUCGGAUGCACGAAUUCAGCCGCACUCCGAACGAUAUAGUCCGGAUUGUCAAGAUUCACGAAUCGACACUGCGCAAGCGGUUGGUCGAGUUUGGUGAAACUCCCAGCAGUGCACUCACGUUGGAUGAGUUCAUGUCCGUUGACUUGGAGGCCGAACAGGAUCCACCGGCGUUCAAAGCUGCAAGGAAAAAGGACAAAGAACGGUUGCAAAAGUUAGAAGAGUCCACUACAGAAUUCAAUCAACUGCAAGCGGAGAUCGACGCUGCAUUGGAUAGAGAUUUGCACAAGAGUAUGAGUAGAAAACGGAAGUUUAAGGGAGAGGAUCUGUCAGUGGAUGAGAUUGGUGAGACGGAUCAGUUUAUCAAAGAAUCCACACUCGAGGUGAUCAAUGAAUGUCUGGAGGAAAAUCCGGACGGAUCCACCGGGCAGACUAAAGCAAAUGGGCGACGUAAAAUUGUUCCAGAGGGUAUGAAACCAGAUUUACUGGCCAUGUGUUCCCAUAAUAUUGAACGCAAAGAAAAUACAAAAACAGAAGAUAAAGAAGACGACGGAGAACUAAACUUGGACGAUCUAGAUGAUGAUGAAAUAAAUGGUUACAUUAUGACUGAGGAAGAAGCCCGUUACAAGGAUAUGAUGUGGAACCGCUUACAUGCUGAGCAUCUCAAAGAAAUGAAGGAAAAAGAGGAACGUUUGGCUAAGGAGCGCGAAGAAGGGAAGCCAGAAAAGAAGAAGCGGAAGAGUAAUCGAAAGAAGAACAUCGGACCUUCCAAUUCCGCAGGCGAGGCCAUUGAAAAGAUGCUUCAGGAGAAGAAAAUUUCCAGCAAGAUCAAUUACGACAUUUUGAAAACAUUGACAGACAGUACCAUCACUACGGAAGAACAGCAACAGCCGGAAGAACCGGUGAAACACGAAUCCAUUGACAUUGAUAUUUUGUCACGAAAUAGGAUUAAACCGGAAAUAGCUAUGAGCAGAGCGUCCCGCCCACCAGUGAACUUGGCAAGUCUUUCAGCUCGCAGGAAACCGCCUGUGACUGCAACGCUUCCUGUGGUCGAUAGCGAUUCGGUGGAUGUGAAACCUGUCAUCGACGAGUCACCAUUGACAAAAAUAGAACAUGCCGAACACAUUAUCGAUGAUUACGACGAAGAAGCUGAGGCUGAACCUGAGCCUGAACCAGAACCGGAGCAUAAGUCGCUAGCUGAUAUGUUGAAUACUGGCGAUGACGACGACUAUUACGGUUAUGAGGACGAAUACUAAUGAUUCUAACAUUUUGCUGAUAAUAACUAUCUCAUAAAAAUAAUAAUCUAUCUUUUAAGAGAACAGACAUAGAUUAGUUUGAGA